GAAGUCUAGAGAUUCUUUGGUAAACUUUUCUCUUAAUUUAUAAUAGUAGUUUUUGGAAUUUAGUGAUUGAUCAAGUUUUAAGCAUAUUUAAUUAUAUAAAAAACAUCUGAAAAUCCCUAUACUCUGUGAGUUUGAGUCUCAGAAACAAUAACUUCUUGUGUCUCUCUUAUGCAAUGUGAAAUUGCCGUACUAUAUAUUUCACCACCACCAAUGUCGACAACAAUAUAAAAGUUUUUCAUAGAACUAAAUGUAGGGCAGACUGUAUACCCCUUGAUUAAAAUAAAUCUGUCACUUCAAUACAGUGUCUGAGGGGAGAGAAGGGAAUGAGAGUUUCUUUGUUUAGGUUUGUGCUGAGUUUCCUUGGGCAGAAAGUACAAAAGUGAAGCCUAGAGUCUUGGGUCAUUCUGUCUGUGGGUUUUAUUUCUCACAGCAGCCCAGUGUCUGCUUAACAUAUGGGGAGUGGUUUCAGGUUCCUUACUAAAGCUUAUAGGCUAAAGUGCUUUGUGGGCUUGGCUCUGCCUUUAGUUGCCUUUAGGGAGUUGGCCUGAACUGGGCUGGAGAACAGGACUUUGGAUUAUGUAGAUUCUCAGGAUAGUAAAUUAUUCUCCCCUCUCGGCUGUCAGCUGCUUUGGAGAUUAGUUUCAUAGUAAGGAUUCUUUCUCUAAAGCAAUAUGAAGCGUCUACUGUCACAGGGGCUCCAGCCUCUUGGCUUUUACCCUGUCAGAAGCCACCAUGUCACUGAAAAAUGAGCCACAAGUAAAUACCUCUGCACUGCAGAAAAUCGCUGCUGACAUGAGUAAUUUGAUAGAAAAUCUGGACACACGGGAGCUCCACUUUGAAGGAGAGGAGGUGGACUAUGAUGUGUCUCCCAGUGAUCUCAGGAUACAGGAAGUGUAUAUCCCUUUCUCUGCUAUUUAUAACACUCAAGGAUUUAAGGAGCCUAACAUACAGACGUAUCUCUCUGGCUGUCCAAUAAAAGCGCGAGUUCUGGAAGUGGAACGCUUUACAUCGACGACAAGGGUACCAAGUAUAAAUCUUUACACUAUUGAAUUAACACAUGGGGAAUUUAAAUGGCAUGUUAAGAGGAAAUUCAAGCACUUCCAAGAAUUUCAUAGAGAACUGCUCAAGUACAAAGCCUUUAUCCGGAUCCCCAUUCCCACCAGAAGACACACAUUCAGAAGACAAAAUGUCAGAGAGGAGCCUCGAGAGAUGCCAAGUUUGCCUCGUUCAUCUGAAAACAUGAUUAAAGAAGAACAAUUCCUUGGUAGAAGGAAACAAUUGGAAGAUUACUUGACAAAGUUACUAAAAAUGCCCAUGUAUAGAAACUAUCAUGCAACAUGUGGAUUUUUGGCUUCUUUUCAGACAGAAUUCCUUGACAUAAGCCAGCUAUCUUUCAUCCAUGAUUUGGGACCAAAGGGCAUAGAAGGUAUGAUAAUGAAAAGAUCUGGGGGACACAGGAUACCAGGCUUGAAUUGCUGUGGUCAGGGAAGAGCCUGCUAUCGAUGGUCAAAAAGGUGGUUAAUAGUGAAAGAUUCGUUUUUACUGUACAUGAGACCAGACACUGGAGCUAUUGCCUUCGUCCUGCUGGUGGAUAAAGCAUUCAGAAUUAAGGUGGGGAAGAAGGAGACUGAGACCAAAUACGGACUCCGAAUUGAUAAUCUCUCAAGGACACUUAUUUUAAAAUGCAACAGUUAUAGACAUGCUCGAUGGUGGGGAGGGGCUAUAGAAGAAUUCAUCCAGAAACAUGGCCCCAACUUUCUCAAAGAGCAUCGAUUUGGGUCGUAUGCUGCUAUCCAAGAGAACACUUUAGCCAAAUGGUAUGUUAAUGCCAAGGGAUAUUUUGAAGAUGUGGCAGAUGCAAUAGAAGAGGCAAAAGAGGAGAUUUUUAUCACAGAUUGGUGGUUGAGUCCAGAAAUCUUCCUGAAACGCCCGGUGGUUGAAGGAAAUCGUUGGAGGUUGGACUACAUUCUUAAACGAAAGGCACAAGAGGGGGUGAGGAUCUUCAUCAUGCUCUACAAGGAGGUGGAACUUGCUCUUGGAAUCAAUAGUGGAUACAGCAAGAAGACUUUAAUGCGUCUGCACCCCCAUAUCAAGGUGAUGAGGCACCCUGAUCAUGUGUCGUCCAGCGUCUACCUGUGGGCUCAUCAUGAGAAGCUUGUGGUCAUCGACCAGUCGGUGGCGUUUGUGGGUGGGAUCGACCUGGCCUACGGAAGGUGGGACGACCACGAGCACAGACUCACAGACGUGGGCAGUGUGAAGCGAAUCACCACAGGACCGUCUCUGGUUUCACUCACUGCUGAAACAGCAGAGUCUACAGAAUCCUUAAGCCUCAAAGAUAAAAGAGAAUCUGAUAAAAAUCAGCCCAUGCCGAAGACUGUUGACGAUGUGGAUUCAAAAUUGAAAGGCAUAGGAAAGCCGAGAAGGUUCUCCAAAUUCAGCCUCUACAGGCACCUGCACAGGCAGCCCCUGCCCCCCGCAGACAGCAUCAGCAGUAUUGACAGCAUCUCCAGUUAUUUUAAUCACUGUAGAAGUCGUCAGCAUUUAAUCCAUGGUUUAAAACCCCACUUGAAACUCUUUCACUCUUCCAGUGAAUCUGAGCAGGAACUCGCUAGCCCUAAAACUGAUACUGGCUCUAUCCGCAGUUUACAGACAGGAGUGGGAGAGCUCCAUGGGGAAACCAGAUUCUGGCACGGAAAGGACUACUGCAAUUUCGUCUUCAAAGACUGGGUUCAACUUGAUAAACCUUUUGCUGAUUUCAUUGACAGGUACUCCACUCCCCGGAUGCCGUGGCAUGACAUUGCCUCUGUGGUCCAAGGAAAGGCGGCUCGUGAUGUGGCACGUCACUUCAUCCAGCGCUGGAACUUCACGAAGAUUAUGAAACCAAAAUACCGAUCUCUUUCUUACCCAUUUCUGCUUCCAAAAUCUCAAACAACGGCCCAUGAGUUGAGAUACCAAGUUCCUGGGUCUGUCUGUGCUAAUACACAGCUGCUCCGCUCGGCUGCUGAUUGGUCUGCUGGUAUAAAGUACCAUGAAGACUCCAUCCACACUGCGUAUGUCCAUGUGAUCCAGAACAGCAAGCACUAUAUCUAUAUAGAAAACCAGUUUUUCAUAAGCUGUGCUGAUGACAAAGUUGUUUUCAAUAAAAUUGGAGAUGCCAUUGCCCAGAGGAUACUCAAAGCUCACAGGGAAAACCAGAGAUUCCGAGUGUAUGUUGUGAUACCACUUCUGCCAGGGUUUGAAGGAGACAUUUCAACUGGCGGAGGAAAUGCUCUACAGGCAAUAAUGCAUUUCAACUACAGGACCAUGUGCAGGGGAGAAAAUUCCAUCCUUGGACAGUUAAAAGCACAGCUUGGCAAUCAGUGGAUAAAUUACAUAUCAUUCUGUGGCCUUAGAACACAUGCAGAGCUUGAAGGAAACUUAGUCACUGAGCUCAUCUAUGUCCACAGCAAGUUGCUAAUUGCUGAUGACAACACUGUUAUUAUUGGCUCUGCUAAUAUAAACGACCGAAGCAUGCUCGGAAAGCGUGACAGUGAAAUGGCUGUUAUUGUGCAGGACACGGAGACGGUCCCUUCAGUAAUGGAUGGAAAAGAGUACAGAGCUGGCCGGUUUGCCCAAGGACUUCGGCUACAGUGCUUUAGGGUUGUCCUUGGCUAUAUUUCUGACUCAACUGAAGACAUUCGGGAUCCAGUGAGUGACAAAUUCUUCAAGGAGGUGUGGAUUUCAACGGCAGCUAAAAAUGCUACAAUUUAUGAUAAGGUAUUCCGGUGCCUUCCAAAUGAUGAAGUACACAGUUUAGUUCAGCUGCGAGACUUUAUAAACAAGCCCAUAUUAGCAAAGGAGGAUCCCAUUAGAGCCGAGGAGGAACUGAAAAGGAUCCGUGGGUUCUUGGUGCAGUUCCCCUUGUAUUUCUUGUCUGAAGAAAACCUCCUGCCUUCUGUUGGAACCAAAGAAGCCAUAGUGCCCAUGGAGGUUUGGACUUAAGAAUAGCUAUACCCUUUUGUGGCUCAAAGACUUCCACCCUGAAGACCACACUGCAAGCAGUGACUUUCUGGAAACCUCCCAGCCAAAGCCCGGGCCAGUGCACUCUCGUAUCCAACCCCCAGAUCCUUUGAGAAAAAUGUCAAGGGCUUACGAGGUUGGGAGGGGAUGCACUUCUGUAGACACUGAACGUGAGCAGGGCCUUAUAAUUCCUCCUGCCUCUCCAUGUGAGAAAGGAACUGCGUUCAUGUUGGUAGGCAUGUGCUCAACAACUUAACACUUACUCAAAUCCCACAACCAAAAUUCAUCGCCUUUGCUAACAAGAAUUUACCUAUAACUGUGUGUCUGGACCUCCUUCUACUCUGACCCUCAUUUGUGCAGCACAUCUGCUGGGCCUGUCCUCCUCUUGUAUUCCUUACAGGCAGUGUUUGAGAUACUGUUUACUUCUAGAAGAUUUUGUGAAUCUGCUUCACAGUUACAUGGGAUCCCUACCUGUGUGGUCCUGAAAUAAGCAUUCAGCCAACAAAGCACUUGGUCAUUAUUCCUUUUUAGUGACUGAAAGGACAGGCCAGAUUUCGAUCUACCCUGCAGCCCAUAUGACACUUCUGAUAACAUGUAUCUUGACACCACAGAGCAACAGGAAGGAAUUAAAUUCCGUUAUUGAGGCAGAGAUUAUACUUUGUCCCCAAAGGCACUGACAAGAUAUGUCCUUGUGAUAAGGCUCACAAAUUUGAUCAAAUUUGAAAACGUGUAAUAUAUUUGAUUGAUUUCACAGCAGCCACAUAAAACCCGAAGACAGAGCAUGUAGCCUUCAGAAACCUCCAAGGUGUCAGCAGGGAACGGUCCAGAGAAGAAAAUAAAAUUCCUAAGAGUCCUGUAAAAUUACCUGUCAUCCUUAACUGAUUGACAUUUGAGUUUUACAUUUCAGAACCAAAGCAAUGAAUGUAAUUUACCUUUUAAGAAAAUCAGUGACUACAUAACUCCUAUCAAGUUAAUAAGUAUGAGUGUAACCUUACUUGACAUUCAGCCCUCCAGAUACAUUAUCUUCUUUAAGAAAAAUGAAUUGAUUGCAGCUUGUGUGCUCUUUCAAUUGCAUUAUUAAAUACACAUUAACAUUCCACAAGGGCUUCUGAAGACGUCAGGAUACUUCUUAAUUCACAUUGUCCUACUCUGUGAAUUGUUCUGAAAGCCCUGCUCUUCCUUUUCAGAUGUUGGUGUGCCCUUUGGUACACCAAAGCUCAAAUUUCACUAAGUGGUACUACUCUUACAGCCCCAAGAGCUAAUGUGGGUUCCCAAAAGGCCUGUGCCCAUAAACCUAGUGUGGGUGCAGUGAUUGCAAAUGUCUACGGAGCAUCUGGACAGAAUCUCAUUUGGGUUGUUCUUCAAAGAAACGAGGACCCAAUCCCUGUUUUCAUGGAGCUAAUAGUCCAGUUAAAAAGUUAAACAAGAGCAUAAAGUCAGUGAUAAGGGUUAAUGAAAGAGAGAGAGACAGUGUCACAUCCAAGAAAGGAUUUCACAGGCAGAGACCAUUUCACAAAUGAUAUAGCAAUACAUGGCCAGCAAAGGGAAUGAAUAUACUUUUAUGAAUAAAUUAUUUAUCAUGUGGCUGAAGAGGGUAAGAUGACCCUCUAGAGCAGUUGUAAAUAAGUUAUUUGCUAUUUAUAAAGAAGUUUAGAUUGGCAUCUUAAAGUAUUAAUGUUGUGGAAUGCCCAAGGAUUGCUUUUAUUUUAUAUUUAAAUAGUUUUUAAACCAUAGUACAGUCAGCAAACUGGCUCUUGAUUUUGCACAAGAUGUAAUAUAAAACCAUGAAAAAAAAUAAAAGCCAGAAAGGCUUUCCCAGUCACUUAUUCCAAUCUCUUCCCCAGUCUAUAAAUGAGGAAACUGAAGCUAAGAAUGGUUAAAGGACUCACUUAAAUUCACCCAAUGUGUAGAUACUGGAAGUGGGACUAGGAAAUUGCUGCAGUCCAUUAUCAACCUCUGCUUUCACUUCAUUGCUCAGACAUGAGAAGAUGCAAUAAACAUAUUUCAGACAGGAUAGCUAAGCUAUUUUAAACCCUGUGAUAUCUAUUUGUGUGUUUACUUGUCUGUCUUCCCCUACCUAAAGGUAAGUUCCAUGGGAGCAGGGACUUUGUACAUUUUGUUUAUAGUGUUUGUAUCCCUUCAGUCUGGAACCUUGCCUGACACAUAUUAGAUGCUCACUAAUGUGUAUGGAAUGUUUAUGGAAUGAAUAAAGGAGGUGGAGGAGAAAGCUAA